AUGGAUAUAUUGUCGGCGGAAAGGAUGCAGAAGAGGGAGAAUUUCCAUAUCAGAAAUCCAACGGAAAUUUUAUCAAUACGUUAUGGGAGUAUACAUCACGACAGCGGCGGUGAAGUGGCCGAAGCUAUUGAAACGGUAGCGCAUCCGUCAUAUAGCGAUUGGACGCUCAACAACGACAUCGCUUUAAUCCGCACUAAAACACCCAUUAAAUUGAAUUCAAAUACUAUAAAAGCGAUUCCACUGCCCGCUCAGGACUCGGAUGUAACCGCUGGCCAAUCGGUGGCCAUAACUGGUUGGGGAUAUACCACAGAAGGGGUACAAAUAUUGGCGCCAAUAUUGCAGAAAAUCACUCUUCCGGCUGUGGAAAGGAGUGGAGACUCCGGCGGACCGGCGGUCGUGAAUGGCAUACUUGUAGGCGCCGUGUCGUGGGGUUACGGCGAUUACUGUGCCCGACCCGAGUUGUAUGGCAUUUAUACACGAAUCGCUAAAUUCAGGGAUUGGAUUAAAAUUAAAACAUUGAUUUAA